AGCGCCUCAAGCGGCCACAGGACCCACGGGCGGUCCUCUUCAGACUGGCGGUCCUGGCCAGGACGCCGGCGGCAUGAGGCGAAACUACGACGGAAUGACCAUUCAAGGGACACCCGCGUCCUCGGCAGCACCGUCAAUGCCCACAACGACGCCCCAGGUGGCUCCAGGUCCCAGACAGUGCGUUCGACUGCCGGGACCGAACUCUGUGGUGCGUGUGAUUGUGCCGAAUCAGGGUACGCCGAAUCACAGUCAGAUUCUGCCGAAUAAUCUUAUGAUUGGUGGUGAUGUUGCCCAAGCGGUGAACGCUCAGCAGCAGCAAGUGGCGGGUGCUAUUGGGCAGCAGCAGCAGCAACAGCAACAACAACAGCAGCACCAACAGCAGGCUCAGCAGUUGGCGCUGCAGCAGCAACAGCAAAAUGCUACGCCGCAGCAGCCACAGCAGCAGCAGCCGACGAUGCCGCAAGUGACAAACUCAAACAUUCCAACAUCACUCAAUGCCCAGCUAUUUGGAGACAGCCAGGGUGGGAAUGCAAUAGGUAGCAAUGCUGCUGGUCAAUUGUGUCCAGUUGGCGCGGCAUCAGGCGGCGGCACGGCGACAGGUGCGGCUGGAGCUGGUGGCAAUAAUAUGACCUUCCAGAAUAACCAAGUUGUGGCAGUCCCUGUGACAGCGGCCAAGGACUGGCAUCACUCCGUAACACCAGAUCUGCGCAAUCAUCUCGUUCACAAAUUGGUGCAGGCAAUCUUCCCAACGCCCGACCCGGCGGCCAUGCUGGAUCGGCGGAUGCACAAUUUGGUGGCGUACGCUAAGAAGGUGGAGGGUGACAUGUACGAGAUGGCCAACAGUCGCUCGGAGUACUACCAUUUGCUGGCUGAGAAGAUAUACAAGAUUCAGAAGGAGCUGGAGGAGAAGCGCAUGAAGAGGAAGGAGCUGCAAUUGCAGCAACAGCAGCAACAGCAAGGUGGUCAGGUGACGCAGGCACAGCAGCAGACGCCACAGCAGCAGAUAAAGCCAAAUGUAAGUGGAAAUGCCACGGGAAUUGUCGGCCAGCUAGGUGGCCAAGUGAAUGUCAUGGGCACCACAUUGCCGGGAGGAAGUGCAGCCGGCGGUGCUGUUGGCAUUCAGCGGCCGCCAGUGCCGACCAUGGGCCAAGCGAAGCCCGGCCAGAGUGUGAGGAGUCACUCGCCAGGUGGAAUGGUGGGCAUUAGCAUGGGUGCCAAUCGUCUGGCAUUCCCGGGCAAUCAGCAGCAGCACUGCUUCGUGGUGGGCCCGUCGGGACCGAGCCCAAAUAGUCAGCAGAACAUGCUGGUUCCGAAUCCCAACUUGUCACCCUUCGGAGGUGGCCAGGGUGGCGCCAUGGGCGGAAAGCCCGGCAUGGCGGGCACGUCAAAUCAAUCGGCUGCCAAUCAAUUCCUGAACGCCAAUGGGCCGAGUGCGCUGCAGACGCAAGCGAAUCAAUUCAAUGAGAUUAUGAAGGCGCGCAUGGCCCAGUCGCAAUCUCAGAACACCAACUCAAUGGUUUCACCGCAGGCACCAUCGACAUUUGGCGGGAAUGUGAGUCAAAUGCAGGGCAACAGUGUCUUCAACAGCAUGUCUAGCGCACGAGGCGGCAACAUGGUCACAACAUCCGCCUCAAUGGACUCUAUGAGUGGUGGUGGAUUGGUUCCGGUGCCGAGUCCGUCGCCCAGUCUCACGCCCAAUGGCCCCAUUCCGGUCAGUACUCCAAAUCCACCAAGUGUUCCAUCAAUGCUACAACCACCGCCCGAACCCACGCCACCUCCAUCACUCUCAUCGCCGUCGCACAGCGUCAACUGCUCGACGGCAACAUCGCAAGUCUCCACGAUGGCUGGCAGUCACCAUCAGCAGGCGCAGGUGAUGCAGCAGCAGUCGCAGAACAGUAUGGGCAAGGGUGGCCUCACUCAGGCUGACAGGAACAAUCAGGCGGCUGCGAUGAAGAGACAGCAAGCCGGAGCGAAUAGCUUCACAUCCCAAAUGGCUGCCCUCGAGGCGGCGACGCGGGAUCGCGAUGAUGACUCCCAGUCACCGCAGAAUAGCAACUCGUGCAAGGGGAAGUUGGACAUAAAGCAGGAGGAUGACAUCAAGAAGGAGAUGGAGGACACAGAUAGCAAUAUGGAUGGAAGUGGAACAGGGAAGAAUGUCAAUAAUGACAAGAUUAAACAGGAGUGUAAGGUGGAGCCUAUGGAUCAAGAUGGGACAGAUUGCAAGAAUAUCAAAGAGGAGAUCAAGGAGGAGCCAAUGUCACCGUCCAGUGAUAUCAAGCCUGACAUUAAGCCCCUUGUUCCCGAACCACUCCCGUCGACCAGUUCGCAGGAUAAGAAGAAGAAAUGCUUGUUUAAGCCCGAAGAGCUGAAGCAAGCCUUGAUGCCCACAUUGGAGAAAUUGUAUCGUCAGGAUCCGGAAUCGUUGCCUUUCCGACAACCCGUGGAUCCCAAUGCGCUGGGGAUUCCGGAUUACUUUGAAAUUGUAAAGAAACCAAUGGAUCUCAGCACCAUUCAGUUGAAGCUGAGCUCUGGCCACUAUUCUGAUCCUUGGGAGUAUGUCGAUGAUGUGUGGCUAAUGUUUGACAAUGCGUGGCUCUACAAUCGAAAGACAUCGAGGGUAUAUCGAUAUUGUACAAAGCUUUCUGAGGUGUUUGAGCAAGAAAUUGAUCCGGUAAUGCAAGCACUUGGAUACUGCUGUGGACGAAAGUAUACAUUCAAUCCUCAAGUUCUGUGCUGCUACGGUAAGCAGCUCUGUACAAUUCCGCGAGAUGCUAAAUACUACAGCUACCAAAAUAGUCUGAGUUCUUAUGGAUUUAAUUCUGACAGAUAUACAUUCUGCCAAAAAUGCUUCAAUGAUAUUCCUGGUGACACUGUCACACUUGGAGACGAUCCUCUUCAGUCUCAAACGCAAAUCAAGAAGGAUCAGUUCAAAGAGAUGAAAAAUGAUCACUUGGAGUUGGAGCCAUUUGUUGAUUGUUUGGAUUGUGGACGAAAGCAGCAUCAAAUCUGUGUGCUAUACCUGGAGGCAAUAUGGCCAGGUGGUUUUGUAUGUGAUAAUUGUUUGAAGAAGAAGAAUCAGAAGCGGAAGGACAACAAGUUCAAUGCCAAAAGACUACCCACAACCAAAUUGGGUAUUUACAUUGAGACACGCGUCAACAACUUCCUGAAGAAGAAGGAGGCUGGAGCUGGUGAGGUGCACAUUCGCGUGGUGUCUAGUUCUGACAAGGUUGUCGAGGUGAAGCCUGGCAUGAGGAGUCGAUUUGUUGAGAAUGGCGAGUUGUCGCCGGAAUUCCCGUACAGAGCGAAGGCAUUGUUUGCCUUUGAGGAGCUAGACGGGGUGGAUGUGUGCUUUUUCGGCAUGCACGUGCAGGAGUAUGGAUCGGAGUGUACGGCGCCGAAUACAAGGCGAGUGUACAUUGCGUAUCUCGACUCUGUGCACUUUUUCAAGCCGCGCCAGUACAGGACGGCAGUGUAUCAUGAGAUCCUCCUGGGGUACAUGGAUUACGUGAAACAGUUGGGCUACACAAUGGCUCACAUCUGGGCGUGUCCACCAUCCGAGGGUGAUGACUACAUCUUCCACUGUCACCCGCCAGAUCAGAAGAUUCCCAAGCCCAAGCGUCUGCAGGAGUGGUACAAGAAGAUGCUGGACAAGGGGAUGAUUGAGAGAACCAUCCAGGACUACAAGGACAUCCUCAAGCAAGCCAUGGAGGAUAAACUGACGUCGGCCGCUGAGUUGCCCUACUUCGAGGGUGAUUUCUGGCCAAAUGUGCUGGAGGAGAGCAUCAAGGAGCUGGACCAGGAGGAGGAGGAGAAGAGGAAGCAGGCAGAAGCGGCAGAGGCAGCUGCAAAUGCGAUUUUAUCACUGAAUGAUGACAGUGAGGCGAGUGCUGAUGGGAAGAAGAAAGGCCAGAAGAAGGCGAAGAAGUCAAACAAAUCAAAAGCUGCCCAGCGAAAAAAUAGCAAAAAGUCGAAUGAGCAGCAGAAUGGCAAUGAUUUGAGCGCGAAGAUAUUUGCCACUAUGGAGAAGCAUAAGGAAGUGUUCUUUGUUAUUCGAUUACAUUCUGCACAAUCGGCAGCCAGUUUAGCUCCAAUACAAGAUCCCGAUCCAUUGAUGAAUUGUGAUCUCAUGGAUGGUCGUGAUGCAUUCCUGACACUGGCACGAGAUAAACAUUAUGAAUUCUCAUCAUUGCGACGAGCACAAUUCAGUACAUUGUGUAUGUUGUAUGAGUUACACAAUCAGGGACAAGACAAAUUUGUUUAUACCUGCAAUAACUGCAAGAACCAUGUUGAGACGCGAUACCACUGUACUGUUUGUGAUGACUUUGAUCUCUGCAUUGGCUGCAAGACGAAAGUUGGUCAUCCGCACAACAUGGAGAAGUUAGGCUUCGACUUGGACGACGGCUCAUCGCCAACGGAUCUCAAGCAGGCGAAUCCACAGGAGGCGCGGAAGCAGAGUAUUCAGCGGUGUAUACAUUCGCUGGUGCAUGCUUGUCAGUGUCGCGAUGCCAAUUGUCGACUGCCGUCGUGUCAGAAGAUGAAGCGUGUGGUGACACACACGAAGAAUUGCAAGAGGAAGACCAAUGGAGGCUGUCCGAUCUGCAAGCAACUUAUUGCGCUUUGCUGCUAUCACGCCAAGCACUGUCUGGAUGGGAACAAGUGUCCAGUGCCUUUCUGUCACAAUAUCAAGCAGAAGCUCAAGAAUCAGGCCCUACAGCAGAGAAUUCAACAAACUCAGUUAUUGCGUCGUCGUGUGGCUGUGAUGAAUACUCGUGCCGCCGCUCCAACGACAUCCAGCAACUUUCCAUCGUCCGGCAGCUCAGGCAUGACCAAUACUCAAGCUUCGAGUGGUGGCAACGGAAGUGGUGGCAUGAGCCCAACAGCGACUCCAUCACCGGUGUCACAAAUGGGUGGCAUGGGAAGUCCUCAUCAGGGUAUUGGAAUGAAGCCCGGAGCUCAAACACCACCUGCCAAUGUGCUUCAAGUUGUGCGACAAGUUCAAGAAGAGGCGGCGAGACAACAAGUCCCGAACGCUGGAGGCUUCGGCAAGGUUAAUCCGACUGUUCCUGGGAAUCAAAUGCCACCGCCAGGGAUGCAGAGAACGAUGGCGGGACACUUGAGUGGACCGCCACAGCAGCAAACUGCCCAAGGUGGAGUGGCCAUUGGACCAGGAGCCACUGGGAAUCUCCUGUCGAUGGACCAAUGGGGUACAAGGUAUCCGAAUCAAGCACAACCCCAGCCUGGCUUGCGACCACCGAAUCAGAAUCAAAUGAUGCAGCCAAUCAUUGGUGGACAACAACCGAUUAUGGGAAUGGUGGGGCCUCAGAAUAAUCAAAUGAUGGCUGCUGUCCGACCGCAUGUUCAGCAAUCAAUGCCGCAGAAUCAACAGCAAAACAAUCCGGCUCACAAGCAUGCCCUGCAGCAAUUGAUGCAAACACUAAAGAGUCCAUCAUCGGGUCAGGAGCAGCAGAAUCAAAUUCUGCAGAUAUUGAAAUCAAAUCCACCUCUAAUGGCGGCAUUUAUAAAGCAACGACAGUCACAGCAGAAUCAAAGUCAGGGUGGUGGACAGCAGCAGGGUGGUCCGCUGCCGCACAUGAUGAAUCCGCAGCAGCAGCAACAGCAACAACAGCAGCUGCAGCAGCAGCAACAGCAGCAGCAGCAAGUUGUGAUGCCAGGUGGACCGCCUAACCAAGGACCUGCCAAUCGGAUGCAGAACAUGCAGAAUGCGAUACUUGGACAGCCAGGAGGCAAUCCACAUCAGGUUCAGGUUGGAGUUGGUGGGCAGCUUCAGACGCCGCAGCAGCAGCAGCACUGGUACAAGCAGCAGCAAAUGAUGCUUCAGCGUCAGAUGCAGAUGCAGAACUUCCCACCUGCGCCGCCCUAUCAGCGGCCAAGGGCGCCACAGAUGGGCGGAUAUCAGGGCGGCGGCGGUGGCUUUGGCCAAGACCAGCAACAGUAUGCGAUGCAGCAGAGCAUGAAGCAGCCGAAUCCACAGCAACCGGGCGGUGGCGUGCUGUCGCAGUCGCUGCAGCAAGCGGGCGCCGGUGGGCCGAACCAGGGCGUCAUGGGACCACCGACGCCUCAGCAUGCGAUGCAGCAGCAACUGAUGCAGACGGUGCGAUCGCCACCGCCCAUCAGGAGUCCGCAGACGACACCAUCGCCACGGGCGCAGCAAUCUCCGCACCACUUGUCCAGUCACUCGCCGGCGCCCCAAGGCGGCGUUGGUGGAGUGCCGGGCGAUCCAGUGGGUGGCGGUGGUCCGGGCGGUGACACAUCGCCACUGAAUCCACAAGAGAGACUCACGAAAUUCGUGGAGCAGCUGUAGUUGAAUCUGUGACUUCCUCGUUGACACUGUCGUCCCUAUUAUUUUGAUAUUCUAUCAACGAUCCACACAAACACUGGCGUUGUGGAGAGAGACUUAUGGGAUUUAAGGGGGUGGAUAUAUAGAGAAAAAAAGACAUGAAUUAUUCCUUUCUCCCACUUUUUAAUUGACAUGUGCGAAGGUGAAAGAAAAGAAGAAGAAGGAAAAAAAAACUAGGAAGAAAUGUACUGUCAAGUGUUGGGGUUUGAAGUGUAAAGUGGUUGAGAGAUAGUAUGAGGGAGUUAUACAAAGAAAAUGAAAUUGAGAUAAAAGAAGAAGAAAGAAAAACUAUUAUGUACUUAUGUAAGAAGGAAAACAUUGUAAAUAGUUGUAAAAUCGUUAGAAUAAUGAAGAAAAAAAAACCCUAUUUUAGGAGUGAAUGGCAAGAAGUGCAUAAUUUGACGUUCGUCUCUUGGGGGAAAGCAUCAAACAAAUCGUGUUUAAAUACCAAAUAAGAGUCAAAUUCUUCUCAUUAAUCGCAUCCAUUUAUGAUUGUAUAUAAGGAAAGAAAAAGAAAACCACAUGAAUGAUAGUGUAAAUUUUUGUAGAAUUGUUUCCGUGACGAGGAAUAGGAUUCGCCCAUGCAUCGCCCAUUAACUUCAUGAAUAUAUAGGAUUGAUGGUCGUGUACGAAUUGUAAACCAUGCAUAAGAAUGACUCGGGGAUCUCUGGAGCCCAAAGUGGCGGCGAUACGCUAUUAAAUUAAGAACGAUCACAAGAACACAAAUGAAAGAUGAAACAUUACAAAGAAAUGACUAAAUAGAUGAAAAAAACCAAUAAGUGAGUGGACGAGAAAAGGGGUGGUGGCUGUGUAAUUUAGAAGUGGUAAUGAAAAUCAACUAAAAUUGAAGAGGUAUAAAACACAAAACUUAGCAAAAGUGUGAAAAUAUGAGGCGCGCGCAUUAGCAAGUGUGUGAAUGAUCGCGAGUGUGAAGUGAACAGAAUCCAAAUUCCAAUAAUAUUUAAGAGGGAUGAGAAGAUGCUAGACGAGUGUAGAUUUAUAUACAGCGCGACGAGGGUCAGGCCUACGGGGGUUGAGAGGCCUCGGAAAGUGGAAUUUUAUAGCUGCGAUUUAGAAUGAUUUCUUUUCUCAAGCAAGAGACCCAAAUUGCGUCACAAUCGGCAUCGUAUCUAAAAGGAUAAAACAAAAAAUUAGAUGGGAAACACAUUCUCUAAAAGGAAAUUCUAUGCAAAAAUUAGUCGAUGAUAGGAAGUAUUUAUCAAAUGAAUUUGCUUGGUUUACACUCGUGAAGAUGAAUUUGUAAGAAAAAAAAGAAGAAAUAGAAUUUUUUACAAUUAGCUUCCAAGAAAACAACACAAAAAAUGGGUUAAUGAAGAAAGCGAAAAAUGAAUCUUAACUGAGCGAUCGAAAAAAUUUGACUUUGGAUAUAUAAAGAAGAAAAAAAAACCAGAAAAUUGAUAAAAAGACGGAAAAAUUUGUAACAUGAAAAAGAGAAAUUAUAUCUAGAAAAUGGAGUUAGUAGAGAGAAAUUAUGGUUUAGUUUAGAGAAUUUUUUUUUACUUACGGCUGAAAGAUUUAUUUUUUAAAUCAUUACUAUUUUAAAAUAAUAUUCUGUAAUUAUUAUUAUCUUAAUAUUUAAUUUGUAGCGUGAAAAUAGUUCUUUUUUAUUUUGACUCUUACUAAAAGAAGAAGAAAAAAAAAACUAGAGAUGAGAAAGAGAAUCUGCUGUGCUUAGAUGGCAAUUUAGAUGAAGUUCCCUCUUUUUCCUAAACUUCUUUUUUUUAUAAUAAUGUAUAUUUAUUGUGGAAGGAGAUUUCCAUGUCACAAAGAUGAAAAAAAGGUCCACUUUAAAAGGGGGAGGAAAUAUUUCAUGCAUCUUUUUUUUUUCUUCUCAAACUUCGGGGACACGUAAAUACAGUGGAAAAAAAAGAGAAAAAUUUAGCAAAAAGAUUCUCCAAUUAUUCAUUUUUUGUUAAAUUCUCGAAAACAAAGUUUUAUUUUGUGUGAUAAGUGUAAAUAAAAUUGAAUAGUAGAAAGGAUGAGAUGAAAAGUGACUAAAAAAUCUCUUCUAUCGCAAUUAAUAGUAAAGGAAAGAGAGAGAAAAUGAUUUUUGCUGACAUUGAUAAAUUCUAACAACCAAUUUAGCGAGUGAAUAUACAUGAAAUGCAGCCUGUGUAAUAUACGAAAGAGGAUUAAAACUAAAAAAAAAAAAUGGAAAUUUUAAUAAAUUAUUAAGCAUUGCAUUCUAGUGUAGGUGAAAAUUAUAAUUAAAAGAGAAACUAAUAAUGAUUUUAAAUAAUUAUAAAAUGUAAAAUUCAUAUGACAAGAAAACGAAUCGUGGGUUUUUAUAUUAAAAGAUAAAAGAUAUGAAUGAGAGAAUUGCAUAAGAAGAAAUGAUAAUAAAAUGUAAAAUGAACCUUAUUCGUAAUAAAUUUUUAGUAUAAAACCUUAAAUUUAUGUAUAGGUACAUUAUAAAUGAGAUAGAAUUGUGGAUGGAAAACAAGUAAUUGUAGGUGUAAAAAGAAGAAAAUGAAGAAAUUUUUAAGAGACAACACAAAAUAUUCAAUUUUAAUAGAGAAAGAGGAGGAGUGGAAAAGAGGCAGAAGAAUUAUAUACAAGUAGAGUAGCGAAGAGACGCGAAUGAGAUGCACUUUCAUAGGUAAAGAAUGGGUGAAAGAGCGUGGCUGCGAAUGGCGAUGAUAAAUUGUGUGCAUGAGUGUGUGAAGCGAGAGAGAGAAAGGAGGAGAAAAACACUGAAAUGAGUAUUAUUUGAUAUUUUUAUCCUAUACCUAAUAUACGAUACGAUAUAUACAUAUAUAAAUAUAUAUAUCAAAAGAAGGAUCUAAGAUUAACUUAGUUUUUUUUCUAUUAAUACCUAUUAAACUGAAAAUAAAAUUGAUUCUAUUGAAAAUGCCGGAGAGGAAAAUAGUGAAAGUGCGAGUGUGGAGUGAGAGAAGAGGAGAGACACAGAGGAAAAGCCACUUUGCAGAGAGAAAGAGAGAAAGAAGCGGCGAGAACCGCGAUAUAAAGUGGUGACGAUAAAAAUGAAAACAAGAAGAAAAAAAUCAUAGGAUUAUUUUCAUAAUUAUUAUGAGAAAGUGAAAAAAAGUGAGGAAGAAAUGAAAUACAUAUGUAAUAAAAAUAACAAUAUUUUUAUUUUAUUAUUUUUUAGAGUAUAAAUAAAACACUGUUGUGUUUCAAUUUAUUUAUUAUUAGUUUUAAAUAAAAUAUAUUUCAAUGGAAGAA